UCUGAAGAACGGAGUAGACACUCACUGUCAACCCGUUGUGAAUUGUGGAACUUUUCACGACAUUUUCUGAACCGAAAAAACUGAAAAGAACAGUGUAUUCAAAACGCCAAGCUGACGAAGCGAAAGCGAGAAGCGGAAACACCAAAUAUGGGUGUUGAUUACUACGACAUCCUUCAGGUCGAUAGGGAUGCUAAGGAAGAGGACCUGAGGAAAGCGUACAAGAGACUCGCCAUGAAAUGGCACCCCGACAAAAAUCUCACGAAGAAGGAAGAGUCUGAAGCAAUGUUUAAACAAGUAUCUGAAGCGUAUGAGGUUUUAAGUGAUCCCCACAAAAGGGCACUUUUUGAUAAUACUCUAAAAGCUCGGGUGGAACCUGCUGCUGAUGCUGGUGCAUCUGGUGAUGGUGGACCCACCCGAUACCAGAACCCGUUCCCCAAAGCACCUCCAGUGGUGCGCAAGUUGCCUUGUACUCUGGAGGAAUUGUACAAGGGAACCACCAAGGAGGUGAAAAUAAGUCGAAUAACCAUAGACCCCUCAGGACAACGUAAGCUGGUGGAAGAGGUAUUGAUAGUGGAAGUGCAGCGUGGUUGGAAGAAGAACACCAAGCUCACGUAUUUGGAGAAGGGAGGUGAAGUGGAAUAUCACAGACCAGCUGAUCUUGUUUUGUUUAUAUAUGAAAAACUGCACAGAGUUUACACCAGAGAUGGAAACGACCUUGUGGUGACCCAGAAGAUAUCUCUUGUGGAAGCCUUGACAGGGUGCACUGUUAACCUGGUCACCCUUGAUGGAAGAAACUUAACUGUGCCUAUCGACCAAAUUAUUCAUCCUGAAUAUGAGAAGGUUGUUGAAAGAGAAGGAAUGCCUCUCCGAAGGGAUCCAACAAAGAACGGAAACUUGAGGAUAAAGUUCAAAAUCACAUUCCCAGACGACCUCACUCCUGACCAGAAGCUCGAAAUGCAGAAGCUUUUGAGUGAUUGAAACGUUCAUUUUGAUUCACAGAGCAACUCUUGCGGCUCCUUUACAUGAAAAUGCAUGUUGGAUUAGAAUAAUCUUGAUAGGGUCAAGUCAUGAAUUUGGCUUUUACUUCAAAUUUGAGAGUUUUUUAGGGAUUACAACUUUGUUUCUGUAUUGCGGGUGUUGUGUGGUUCUUAGUCUGAGGUUGAGUCCUUGUCAUUCCAGAGAGUUUUGAGCAUAGAAAAUUUUUGAGAAAUAAAACUUUUCUUUCUUUGUUAAAGAUGAGGCUGUUGACGAAGAAGUUAUUAUCCUCGUGAUUGUGCAGUAAAUGCGUAGACAUAUUCUUAGCUUAGCAGCCUUUAAUGUCUGGAAUGUCAGGUAGUUUAUAUG